UUAUUUUCAUUUAGUGCAACGAAAAAUCUAAUGGUCGGUAGAGAAUUUAAUAACAUCCCAUAAUGGAGUUUAUUGGUCAGAAUGAUGGAGAUGAAAAAGUAUCAUCCACAAAUAAAGCUACCGAAGAACAAGUUUUUGGAUUUUCCAUCCUUUCAGACAAUUCUCUUCAGGGUAUUGGAGACAGUGAGAUGAUACAUUUACCUCAACAGGUUGAGCUAAAUGAUGAACAAAUUCACUUGAACCAGAAAAAUGGAGAAGAAAUUAUUCUCUUGAUGAAUGCAAGCCAAGGAGAUGCACAUGGUGACCCAAGAACUAGUCAUGACUCUGAAGGAAAUACUGAAAUCACUACUGUUGGCAACUUACCUGUAACUGUAAACACUGGUGCUGUAAAGAUGGAGUAUGGAAAGGAAAAUGGUGGCAUUUAUGAUAUGUUGCCUUCUGAGUUGGAUGUUUUAAAGGAUGGGAAUACAGAUACUCUGUCUGUUGAUGUUUCUCAUGUUUUACAUUCAGCUUCUAAACAGAAAGGUCUUGCAAGAAAAGUACAAGAUGAUGACUCUGGACCAGUACAUGACAUGUCAGAAGAAGCUAAGUGGAAGACCGUCACCGAGGGAUUUGUUUGUUCAGAAACUCUGAAGAAGGGAAAAGGUGAGCAUUAUAACAAUGUUUCAGAUUUUCAGGGUUUAGAAAAUGCUGUCAUAGAAAAUAACAAGUGUUUACCAAAAGGAUUUCAUAAAGAAGAGUCUUCUUGGAAAGAAAAUAUCCCUAAACCUGGUGUUCCUAUGGGCAAAAGAUCUCAACUUUGUGUCACUUGUGUUAAUAUAUGUGAGUCUGAUUUGGAUCAGGUUGAGACUGAAGUGGAGUGUAAACAGAAGGACAGUGCUAAAUCCUCUGAUCGUCUACAUUGGCCAGUCAUUGCGAAGCUUGAGAGGGAAGACUCUUCUUUAAAACAGAUUCUGCCUACAGAAAAACUUGAAAAUAUUUCCUAUCAGGUUUUAAAUAUCUUAGAUAAGGAAACAGUGGAUGUACAAGUAGAAAACUGCAACCAAGGUAGAGUUGUAACUCAGGUUUCUGGUCCAAAUUAUGUUAAGGUUUCAAAUCACAAAGAGGAAUAUGACCAAGCUCAAAAUUUUGGUAUGGGUGGGGCCCAAGUUUUAACUGGUAGGGACAAUUUCAAUCAAAACACAGUCGUAGCUCAAGCUUGUGCUUCAACUUAUAGUAUUCACACAGGGGAAGAUGACCAACAGCAUUUGUUGCCUCAAAUUUUUGAUUCAAUGAACAACCAAGUUUCAGUACCCAAGGAGGAAUGUGAUCAAGAUGGAAUUAUAGGUCCAGCUUCUGAUCCAAGUAACAUCUUAGCUUCAACUCCAGAAGACAAAUCUGAUCAAGAUAUUAUGGGUACAGAAAUCAUCAGUUUAAAUGGCAUCCAACUUUCAUCUUAUAAAAAGGAGUGUCACAAAGAAGACAUAGUUGUUUCAGCAUCUAAACCAAAUGACAUCCAGGAUUCAACUACUGAGAAGGAGUGUCACAAAGAAGAUAUCAUUCAAGUUUACUGUUCAGAAAAGCAGUUAGGUGAGCAAAAUAGUUUAGUUCAAUUUCAGAAUUCCUGUACCAAGUUUGAUCAGUCCUCAUUAAAAACCAAUAUAUUGUCUAUACCUGAACUUGGAGACAUGAAAAAGGCCUUCGAAUUGCAAGAUGAUGAUUGUUGCUUUAGUGUGAAGCAUGAGCCUCAAGCAGCAGAAGAAAUGCUCAAAACUCUUAUGGAAAACAAUAGAGACAGCAGUAUACAAGUGGCAGUGCCAUAUGAGCUAGAGACCAACGUGCAGAAGAGCUGUCGUGAAGGGAUUAAUGAUUCUAUAGGAGAUCUUAGUCACACUUACAAGGAAUUUUUCACAAAGGAAAAUGUUUUGAAAAGUUAUAGUAAGAAAGCAAGCUUUGAAAGUCACAUCAUUAUACCUAAGAUAAAGGGUAAGAGUGAACAGUUAGUAACUAUGUGUAAAACUCCAGAGUCUAAAGAUCAGGUAGAAUGGAGUGACUCGAGUGAGACUCUAACAGAUAACAAGUCCCAAACAGCAAAGAAAAGGAAAAUACAGGCUGGUUCUGGCACUUGUGGAAAACAGUUAAAAAUAGUUGAAGCUACACUUUCAGAUAGUAUAAAGGAAAAUAAGGAAAUGGAAACAAUGGUUGAAAUGACUCCUCGUACGAGUCGGAAAAGGAAUACCUCAAAUAUUGUUGGAUUAAGAACACUCUAUUUAAGGUCAAGUGUAAAAAAGAUAAAAAAAUAUUCAGAAAGUCAUAGUUCUCAUGUAAAGAGCAUUCCAAAAUUGUAUACAGAUCAAAGUGAUAAAGAUGAGAUGGAAGCUGAUCAAUCAAACAUUUCACAAAUGAAAACUAACCUAAGACUUGAAGCAGACAAACAAAAAGACACAGAUGUACAAGGUAUUACAGAUCAUAUAGUGAAAAAUAAAAAUAAAUCAAAACGAAAUCAACCUAGUUGCAGAGAGUCAGAAAAUACAUGUGAAGAGAGAAGAAAACAGACACCCAGACUGUCAGUACAUAAGUCUAAUAGAUUUACAAAUGAAAUACAAAUUAACAAGAAUUUUAGUGAACUGUUAGAAAAACAGUGGGCAGAACUAACUGGUAGACGAUUGUCACAUUCCAAAACAAGAAAAAAACUAAAAAAAGUGAGUUCACUACACCUAAAGAGGACGACAGACAGAUUAAAGUCAGUGAAGAGAAAUGUGAAGAAAACAGAGUUUCUGAAGCAGGUGGUAAUAAACAGGAACAGAAUUUAGCAGCACCUCUGGAAAAGGAGUACGACAUUCGAU